AUGCCUGCACAGACAUCCCAGCAGCGCCUCGCGCUCGCCAUCUGCGACUUCCUCACCACCUCCCUCACCGACGGCACCUUGUCCUCCGACAACGACGCCUCCAUCGAGGUCGCCGUGGAAUCUAUCAAGGAAUCCUUCAACAUUGACCCGUCCGACCCCGCACAGACCGCCGCCGCCGUCGGCAACCAGAAUCUCCUCCAGAUCUACUCCGUCUACGAGAAGCUCAAGCAGAAUGCCCCCGGUGCCGCAGCAGGCCAGCAGCCGGCCCCCGACGCCGAGCUCACCGAGGACAAGAAGAAGGAGGCCGAGUCCCUCAAGAGCAAGGGCAACGCCGCCAUGGCCCAAAAGGACUACAAGUCCGCCGUCGACCUGUACACCCAGGCUUUGAACGUUCACCCCCGGAACGCCAUCUUCCUGAGCAACCGCGCCGCCGCCCACUCGGCCGCCAAGGACCACGCCUCCGCCCGCACCGACGCCGAGUCCGCCGUCGCCAUCGACCCGACCUAUACGAAGGCCUGGUCCCGCCUCGGUCUCGCUCGCUUCGCCUUGGGCGACGCCAAGGGCGCCAUGGAGGCCUACGGCAAGGGCAUCGAGUUUGAGAGCAAUGGCGGCAGCGACGCCAUGAAGAAGGGCUUUGAGACCGCCAAACGCCGCGUGGAGGAGAUGGAGACGGAAGAGGCCGAUCUGCCACGCUCGAGCCCUGGCUCACCCCCUCCCACGGGGGGUGCUGGCGCCGGCGGUAUGCCUGACCUCGGCUCGCUCGCCUCCAUGCUUGGUGGUGGAGGCGCCGGCGGUGGUGGCAUGCCCGAUCUGAGCUCCAUCAUGUCCAACCCCAUGUUUGCCAGCAUGGCCCAGAACCUCAUGUCGAACCCGGACAUGAUGAACAACCUCAUGAGCAACCCGCAGCUGCGGCAGAUGGCUGAGCAGUUUGGCGGCGGCGGCGGCGGUGGCGGUGGCGGUGGCGGUGGCGGUGGCGGCAUGCCUGACAUGAGCGCCCUCAUGAACGACCCCAACAUUGCCGACAUGGCCCGCAACAUGAUGGGCGGCGGUGGUGCUGGUGGACAGGGCGGUCGCGGCAACAACCCCCCCGGCUCAGGGCAGUGA